GUGGUCCAAACUACAAAAUCAGGCACGCAGCUGCCAGCCAUCUUUGAUAUUCCGCAGUCCGCACUCCGCAGGCUCUGAUUUAUAGUUUUACACGCAGCAAUGAACGUAGCAAGCAGAGCCUCUCAGCUUCUGUCCUCCCAGAGCAUCGGAGAUCUUCUAAAUUCCGUCGAAGCUUUUCUCUUCGACUGCGAUGGUGUAAUAUGGAAGGGCGAUACACUUAUCGAUGGCGUUCCGCAGACAUUAGAUAUGCUUCGCUCCAAGGGAAAGAAGUUGGUGUUUGUGACCAAUAAUUCCACAAAAUCGAGGAGGCAGUACGCUAACAAAUUCCAAUCUUUGGGAAUUUCAGUCACUGAGGAUGAGAUAUUCAGCUCAUCCUUUGCAGCUGCUAUGUUCUUGAAGGUCAAUAAUUUUCCUAAAGAAAAAAAGGUUUAUGUGAUAGGUGGGGAGGGUAUAUUGGAAGAGCUGGAGCUUGUUGGGUAUACAGUUCUUGGUGGCCCGGAAGAUGGCAAAAAGACAGCACAAUGGAAAACAAAUUGCCUCUUUGAACACGAUAAGACGGUUGGAGCUGUUGUGGUUGGACUAGACCCGUAUAUUAACUAUUAUAAGCUUCAGUAUGGAACCCUUUGCUUACGUGAGAAUCCUGGAUGCCUUUUUAUUGCGACCAACCGUGAUGCAGUUGGACAUAUGACUGAUUUGCAAGAAUGGCCUGGUGCAGGGUGUAUGGUUGCUGCUAUGUGUGGAUCAACUGAGAAGGAGCCUAUCGUAGUUGGAAAACCAUCAACCUUUUUGAUGGACUUCUUACAACAAAAGUUUCAAAUCAGUUGCCCCAAAAUGUGUAUGGUGGGUGAUAGAUUAGACACUGAUAUCUUAUUUGGACAGAAUGCUGGUUGCAAAACCCUUCUUGUACUUUCAGGUGUAACAAGUCAAUCAACUCUUCAAGACCCUUCAAAUGAUAUUAAACCAGAUUACUAUACAAACAAAGUUUCUGACAUUUUGGAACUAUUGGGAGCAUAACCCGAUUAUCAGGCAUUCUGACAUUGUUUCAGCCCAUAUAUACAUGAUGGGGGAAUUAUUGACCUUGGUGCUUACUUGGCAUGCUUGCCACCUGGUACUUAGGUUUUCAUGUGCUAAAAUACUCCGAGAAUUUGAUUAUCGGUUAAUAUUACUUGAUAAUACUUAUAAAAUAAAAUAAAAUAAAAAUACUUGAUAAUUAUCAGUAAUAUUUCUCA